UCUGUCAGUUGUUGCCCUUCGGUAUUUGGGCUCGCGAUGUGCAGUGGGUUCGCGGCGGCUGGCUGGAUGAAAAGGCUUGGUUCAGGGAGCCGGAGAGAGAGGAAGAAAACUCGAGCUUCAACCCGGGCAGCGAGAUGGACAUUCUGAAAUCGGAGAUCCUCCGGAAGCGGCAGCUGGUGGAGGACAGGAACCUGUUGGUGGAAAAUAAAAAAUAUUUCAAGCGUAGUGAACUUGCAAAAAAAGAAGAGGAAGCAUAUCUUGAAAGAUGUGGCUACAAGAUACAGCCAAAAGAGGAGGACGAGAAACCAUUAACUUCAUCGAAUCCAGUAUUAGAACUUGAACUGGCAGAAGAAAAAUUACCCAUGACUCUUUCUAGGCAAGAGGUUAUCAGGAGAUUAAGAGAAAGAGGAGAACCAAUCAGACUCUUUGGAGAAACUGAUUAUGAUGCUUUUCAACGUUUAAGAAAAAUAGAGAUCCUCACACCAGAAGUUAACAAGGGAUUGAGGAAUGAUCUGAAAGCAGCUUUGGAUAAGAUUGAUCAGCAGUACCUGAAUGAAAUUGUGGGUGGCCAAGAACCUGGAGAGGAAGACACCCAGAAUGAUUUGAAAGUUCAUGAAGAAAACACCACAAUUGAAGAGUUAGAGGCACUGGGAGAGUCUUUAGGAAAAGGUGAUGAUCAUAAAGACAUGGACAUCAUUACCAAAUUCCUGAAGUUUCUUCUUGGUGUUUGGGCUAAGGAGCUGAAUGCCAGAGAGGAUUAUGUGAAGCGCAGCGUACAGGGUAAACUCAACAGUGCUACUCAGAAACAGACCGAGUCCUAUCUCAGACCCCUUUUCAGAAAGCUACGGAAAAGGAAUCUUCCUGCUGAUAUUAAAGAAUCCAUAACAGAUAUCAUUAAAUUCAUGUUGCAGAGGGAAUAUGUGAAGGCUAAUGAUGCUUAUCUUCAGAUGGCCAUUGGAAAUGCCCCUUGGCCCAUUGGUGUCACUAUGGUUGGCAUCCAUGCCAGAACCGGUAGGGAAAAGAUUUUUUCCAAGCACGUUGCACAUGUUUUAAAUGAUGAGACACAGCGGAAGUAUAUUCAGGGAUUGAAGAGGUUAAUGACCAUUUGCCAGAAGCACUUUCCUACAGAUCCAUCGAAAUGUGUGGAGUACAAUGCACUGUGAGAUCUGUGUGCAGCCCGUGAAUAUCACAAGAAACUUAAUAAGGAAGCCUGGCGUGGACUUGCGGAAUUGCCAACAGCACGAGGGAGGAAGAAAAAGGAAUUUCUGGUCUCUGAGUUCUGCCUAAUGCAACUCUUGGUUUUAAGAACUGUGUUGGCUCUCAUGUCCCAUCUGACUGCCAAGUGAUUUUUGUGUCUUGCUUUUAUUUUAAAUAGUCGAAAAAUUAAGUUCUAAAGACUUUUCCCCAUAAUUUAAAUGUGUAGACAACAGUCACAGGACAGGGUUUAAAAUAACUUUUUCCCUCUAGACCUGAAAGUUGCAGUUAGAGGAUUAAAAAGGAACAUUUGAGGACGGACUUAAUUAUUUCUGUAAAAUAUGGUAAUUUUCACGUUGCCUCUUAUGAAGUGUUCAUAGAAAAAUAUUUUUAUAUUUUUCAACAAAAACAUGGAACCAUUUAAUGAAACUUGAUAGUCCUUAAAUGUUGCUGAACUUUUGCCAUCUCGCAAUAGAUUUGAAUGUAAAUAUUACUACUGUUACGUGUUAUUUUUCUUGCAUUUCAAAGCUUGCUUUUAUCUUUUAAAUUGUGUAAAGUUUAGUAUUGGUCAUCUCUCGGGACAGAUACAAUUAACAGGAAAUAGAAGUUUGGAACACAAAGUUUGGAACACAAAGAUUUGAACCAACAGAAGUUCAAAUUCAGUAACCCCAGUGCAUCAAGGUUCAAGGUGGGGAAAUGGAUUGUCAAGCCAAGAACGGGGAUGUUUUGCUGCCGCUGGUUCUUCCUAGAAUAGGACUGCCUGUGAGCGUCAUCCUCCCGAGACCGGUGGUGGACAGCUGUCCCAGCUCCAUCCCGCCCAGCAGAAGAGGAAGUUGCCCGGACUCUUGGCCGCUGCCCGAGACAGUAGGUCCUGGGUCUGAUUUUGCACAAACGAGGACUUCUUUUGAAUCUUGCACAGUGUCACCCCCAGAUAAUUGUGAUGAAUCACUGCACUUUAGAGGUUGAGAGGACUCAAUGGAUAGAGGCAGGUGGGGAAAUAGAAAGUUGCCUGAGCAGGUGGAUUGGCACUGCCGGCUAGAGGUAGGAGUGGGGCUCCAAAGUCAGAACUAACUCACCUCAUGUUGCAGCUCCCCACCUGUGCACGUAAGGGUGUGAGUAUGUAUGUACGACCGUGAGCAAGUCACUUCAGCCCUCUAAGCCUCAGCUUCCUUAUCUGCAAAGGUGGUGAUACUUGUACAUACCUCAUGGCAUCACUGUUGUAUUUACGUAAAAGAAAACGCUUAGCACGCU